AUGAACGUCAAAGAGAGAGCCAUGGUAAAGUACACGGAAGACGAAUUGCUUGAGUUUCAGGAAAUCGCCUACAAUCCCCAGCCACAGGUGUUGGACGCGUUCAACCAGAUGGUAGAUGAGGUACGCGAACAUGCAAAUGCUGAAAUAGAACGUCAGAAGCAUUUGAAGUGGAGCAAUGGCGACACGUAUAUCGAUGAAAAUGGUAAUGAAAGACCUUAUCAUCACUUGAAUCGUCGCCGGGGAUCGCGUUCUGGCGCCAAGCCAAAUUUGAAGAGAAAAGGUGCGGAAUCGGUGACGGUAGAUGAUGAUGGAUGGGCUACUUUAGCUAAGCCAAAAAAAUCAUUUGGAGCCGAGGAAGCAGGCGAAGAACGGACCAAGUUCCGGGACAGUUUAAAGGAUGGUUCGGUGAAGGCACGGCCCAACAACAAGAACCUUGGAUCGUCCAAAGCAGUGGAUCCUCGUGAUGCAAUUGCUGACAAGAACACCAUCAGUUUCAAUGCUUUUGAAGCAUUGGGAGAUGACAGUGAUGACGAUGACGAAUAA